UGCUUUGAAACUUCUUUUUAGUCGCUGUUUUCAACAUCGAUCAUGACAGGCAAACCCUAGAUUUUACUUCACCUACUUUGAGGUAAAAAAAUACUAUCAUAGCAAACGAGACGACGACCCAAGAGCAUUAAUUGCGAGUAGGCCAGACAUCGGAUCUUCUCUCUUAAGGGCUAAGCAAAACCCAUCUCUUUCUUUCUUCUAUCUUCUGUCUCAACUCUCUAAACUCUCUUUUCUCUCUCUCUCUCUUCUCAUCUAUAAGCUCCACUGAGCUCUGUUUUUGUUUUUACCGUAGAUCGUUUCCGUUUCUUUCUCUAUAUAUAUUCACCAGGCUUUAAUCUUUUUGGAGGGUUCUUGGAACAAAAAAAAUGGCAUCUUCGUCUAGAUUCGAAUCUGGGUUUUGUCCUAUCUCUUCGUGUCCCUCUAUUGGGAAUCUCAUCGAUCAGAUUAAAGACGCUUGUCGUUUCCUCGCCUCCGCUGUUCUGGGGACAGUUCUCUCGGCGAUCUUGACCUUCUUCUUCGCUCUAGUGGGUACAUUGCUUGGAGCACUUACUGGAGCUUUGAUAGGCCAAGAAACAGAGAGUGGUUUCAUCCGAGGAGCAGCGGUUGGAGCCAUUUCAGGAGCUGUUUUCUCCAUCGAAGUCUUCGAAUCAUCUCUUGUUCUCUGGAAAUCUAAUGAGUCACGUUUUGGAUGCCUCCUCUACUUGAUUGAUGUCAUUGCUAGUCUUAUAAGUGGUAGACUUGUGCGAGAACGCAUUGGUCCAGCAAUGCUAAGCGCGGUUCAAAGUCAGAUGGGAGCUGUGGAUACAACUUUCGAAGAGCUCUCGAGUAUCUUUGAUACCGGUGGCUCGAAAGGAUUAGCAGGAGAUUUGGUUAAUAAAAUACCUAAAAUAAAAAUUACUGGCACAAACUACUUAGAUGCUUGUGGCAACAAAGACUCGUGUUCUGUUUGUCUCCAGGAUUUUCAACUUGGUGAAACCGUAAGAAGCCUGCCACAUUGUCAUCACAUGUUUCAUUUGCCUUGCAUAGACAAUUGGCUACUCAGGCACGGAUCUUGUCCAAUGUGUAGACGUGAUCUGUAAUAACCCCUUCUAAUUACCAUUUGCACAGACUCUCGCUCCUACUACUUGUAUGGUCGUAAUCUUGUGGUUAGUUUCUUCAAUAUGUACAAAGAAAUGGAAAAAAAAAAAGUUUUGUAUCUAGUUGAUGAUCUUCAAACCAAAUCCAUUAAAUUGCGACUUUAGAUUGUGUGUUGGUCUCACCAAACUUUGAAGUGAUUUAAUUUUCGUAA